AUGGCGGAUGUAGACGUUGCGCCGACUUUCGGCACUGAGCUCAAGGAUGGCUUCAAGCCCGCCAACACCUGGGUGGCCCACGGAAUAUCAUGGCUCGACGAAAUCCAACAGUUUUACCGCGAGAGAAGCGCCAUCGAAAAGGAAUAUGCCGCGAAGCUCAACGCCUUGGCCAAGAAAUACUUUGAAAAGAAGAACAAGAAGUCGGCGCCUCUCAGUGUUGGCGACACGCCUGCCAUGACCCCAGGCUCCCUCGAGAGCGCUUCUCUGACGACCUGGUCCACCCAGCUCACCACACUCGAAGCGCGAGCCGACGAACACGAUAGAUACGGAAACAACCUCCUUACCCAAGUGGCUGAGCCCCUCAAGUUCCUGGGUACCCGCUUCGAAGAGUUACGCAAACGUCAUGCCGACUACGCCGGCAAGCUCGAGCACGAGAGAGACUCCCAGUACGCCGACUUGCGGAAGACGAAAGCCAAAUACGAUGCUGCUUGUCAAGAGGUGGAAAGCAAACGCAAAAAGUCUGAAUCGGCCUUUGACAAGGCCAAAGCGCAGAGCGCGUAUCAGCAGCAGAUACUCGACAUGAACAACGUCAAGAACACGUACUUGAUUGCCAUCAAUGUCACGAACAAGCAGAAGGAGCGUUACUACCAUGAGUACGUUCCCGAGGUUAUGGACAGCCUGCAGGACUUGUCCGAGUUCCGCACCAUGAAACUGAACGGCCUGUGGACUAUCGCAUCGCAGCUGGAAUCCGCCAUGCUGGAGAGCAGUAAGGGGCUGAUGGAAAAGCUCGGAACAGAGAUCUCCAGAAACCAGCCUCACCUUGACUCUAUGAUGUACAUACGUCACAACCUCGGCGCAUUCCAAGAACCCGCCGACAAGACCUUCGAACCUAGCCCCGUGUGGCACGAUGACGAUCAGAUGGUCGUAGAUGAAUCGGCCAAGAUCUACCUCCGGAACGUUCUCAGUAAAUCGAAAGCGCAACUAGGGGAUCUGCGUAGGGAAGUCGACAAGAAGAGGCGAGAGGUCGAAAGCAUCAAGCGAGUAAAGCAACGAAUCAGGGAGGGUACCGAGAAGAAGGACGAGGUUAUGGUUGUCACGCAAAUAUUCGCAUUACAGGAAGAUCUUCAUGCUGUCGAUAGGCGGAGAGUAACCGCCGAGGUCGAGACUUCUACCAUUACCUCGGCCGUUGGCGACGUAACACUGGGCGCGAAGAACCACAACUUCAAGGCGCAAACCUUCAAGAUCCCAACUAACUGCGACCUGUGCGGAGAGAGGAUAUGGGGCCUGUCGGCAAAGGGCUUCGACUGCAGAGACUGCGGCUACACAUGUCACAACAAGUGCGAGAUGAAGGUUCCUGCCGACUGUCCGGGCGAACAGACCAAGGAGGAACGGAAGAAACUCAAGGCUGAACGGCAGGAAGCUGCCACCUCGCUGCUCAAACCGACGGCAUCAUCCCCUACCAACGCGUCGGAUUCGCCGACUCUGACUAGGUCGAACACGAUGAACUCUUUGAGCUCAGGUUACGCACACAGCGCACGCCGGUCAAUAACAGGGGGCCCGGCGUCGCCCAUAGAGGAGGCCCCCCCAGAACCGUCGACACCUCGUCCGCCAGCUCCUGCAUCGACUGUGAGCUCUAUCGCGGCCCGUAAGAGGGUUAUGGCGCCGCCUCCGGCCGCUUACAUCAGCGAGCUUCCUGGCAGCGCACCGAACGGAUCGGGCUCAUCGGAUCAACAGAAGGGCAAGAUGCUCUACACGUUUGAAGCUAGUGGUGAUGGAGAAGUGUCUGUGCCUGAGGGUCGUGAAGUCACGAUGCUUGAGCCUGAUGAUGGUUCCGGCUGGGUCAAGGUGCGCGCUGGUUACAAGGAAGGCAUUGUGCCCGCAAGUUACAUCGAUUGGACAGUGGCCCCCGCGUCGCCAAUGGUUGCGCAGAACACAGGGGCGUCCGCACGACCUGAGUCGACCUAUUCCAACUCGGGCUCCUCGAUAGGAACAGCAGGAGCCGCGAAGAAGAAGGGACCAGCAGUAGCCCCGAAACGCGGAGCCAAGAAGCUUAAAUACGUGGAAGCACUGUACGAGUAUACGGCGCAGAGCGACGCAGAGCACAGCAUGGCAGAGGGCGAGAGGUUUGUGCUCAUCAAAGAAGACCCCGGCGAUGGUUGGGCCGAGGUCGAAAAGGGCGGCGUGACAAAGAGCGUGCCCGCGAGCUACGUACAGGCAGUCUAG